CAGAGCUGAUGCGCUUCCACAGCCAGCGGCUGCAUCUGAAAGCAAAAGGAAACGCAGCAGUCAAGCUCGGCAGUCGAACAAGUCAUCGGAACCUAUUUACAGUUGUUUUAACGGCGAACAACCCGCUGUAGUUUCCCAGGAUGUUUUCUCUAGGGGAGACAAUGGAGUUUUUCCUCGGAAACCCCUUUUCAACGCCCGUCGGACAGAGAAUCGAAAAAGCAACCAGCGGCUCUCUGCAGUCGGAGGACUGGGGACUGAACCUGGAGAUAUGUGAUAUCAUCAAUGAGACAGAUGAGGGGCCCAGAGAUGCCAUCAAAGCCAUUAAGAAAAGAAUUGUAGGAAACAAGAACUUCAGAGAGAUCAUGUUGGCUCUCACUGUUCUUGAGACCUGUGUGAAGAACUGCGGCCAUCGCUUCCAUGUUUUGGUGGCCUCCCAGGAGUUUGUUGAAGGGGUUCUGGUCCGUUCCAUUUUGCCCAAAUAUAACCCUCCCACGGUCCUCCAUGACCGUGUUCUCAGCCUCAUACAGUCAUGGGCUGACGCAUUUCGCAGCUCUCCCUCCCUGGUGGGGGUGGUGUAUGUGUAUGAUGACCUAAAGCGGCGAGGUUUGGAGUUUCCAAUGACAGACCUGGAUGCACUGUCCCCCAUCCAUACUCCAAAUAGGAGUAUCCCAGAGAACGAGACACCCCAGGUGACCUCUGUUGCUGCUCCCAUAAGUCUGUCACAAGAGCAAGUUCCUGCCCCCGCUCCCAGUCAAAAUACCUCAUCUCCAGUCCAAGUCAGUAAUGGGCCGGUCCCCCUCACUCCAGAACAGGAGCAGAAGCUGCGAAGCGAGCUGGCUCUGGUUAAAGGAAACCUCUCAGUAAUGUCUCAAAUGUUAAACGAACUAAUACCUGGACAGAGCACAGCAGAUGAUGCAGAGUUGCUACAGCAGCUGUUUUCUGUGUGUAAGAAGAUGCAGAGUCGUGUGGUUGAACUGAUCCCACAGCUGGUGGAUGAAGGAUUCAUGGAGGAGCUGCUGGUGGUAAACGAUGACCUCAACAACGCCUUCAUUCGCUAUGAGAGGUUUGAACGGCUGAACAAGGCUCAAAGUACGAACACACAACAGAUCUCUGCAAGGAGCCCAGAGCUCAUCGACGUCAGCCCUGAACCAUCAACCAACAAACAGCCCGCCACGAUCACAGCAACCAGCCAGCCGGCUGUCAGCACCCAGGCGAAUCACCAGCCAUCAGCCAAUCACAAAGAAGAGGAGGAGUUUGACAUGUUUGCCCAGACCAGAGGAAGCUCUUUGGCUGAACAGAGGAAAAGCGUCAGGUAUGAAGAUCCUGAAACUGUGGAAGGCCUUGCUGAAGCUCUGGACUCAAGGCUGCAGGUCACAGCAGGGAUGGUGCUCGAGAAAAACACUCUACAGAACGAUGUUGACAAAUGGUUGUCAUCUGAUCUGCAGGAGGGACAGUCCUCGGUUUGUGAAGGAGUCUCCAGUGAAGAGUUCGACAAGUUUCUGGACGAUCGGGUGAAGGCGGCAGACCACAGCAACCUUUCAAUUUGCAAGGUGCCGUCCUCCACGCCCAAGCCUCAGCCGCAGCCCGCCAAGCAACAGGAUACAACACACGACCAGCUUUUCUCUCUUUAGAGAAAACCUGACAAACAAAGUGAUACAUGAACAUACACAAACAAACAACAUGAACUGUCGCAUAAUCAACUCAUUUUAUACAGUAAAUGCUUUAUUUCCUUUAAAAUCUGCUGUUUUUAUGUAAAUACCCAACUUUAUUUAGCUCUAUUUAAUAAAGUUUACUAUAAUGUCAAUGUGAACAAAAACCCUUAGCCUGUAUAGUUAAGCAAUUGCAAAUAAUGAUGUAUAAAAUCUAUGUGAGGUUGGUCUUCGACCCAAUGACUUGAGUUAGUGGGAACAAAAAUAAACGGUGAACUGCUCUCCAAA